UCUUCGUCUUCAUCACCAUGCAAAGCUGAUUUUUCGCUGCAAAAUGUCUUCUUCUUCCUCUCUCGCUCAUUCCAUCACUCUCCCGAGCCAACCCAACGAGCCUGUCCUCAUCUCUGCAACCGCUGGAAUCUCUUCUUCUGAUUUCAGGGAUGCGAUUGAUUCAUCUCUGUUUAGAAAUUGGCUAAGGAAUUUGGAAUCAGAGACUGGAAUUUUAGCUGAUGGUUCAAUGACAUUAAAGCAAGUUCUUAUCCAGAAUUGGUUUUCUCAAAUUCAAAGCGGAUAUUUUCGACAAGGAAACUGGUCAAAAGGUAUUGUAUUUGCACGGGGACCAGCUGUAGCUGUGCUCAUUCUCUUGGAGUCGGAUGGUGAGACUUACGCGGUUCUCACUGAACAGGUUCGAGUUCCUACUGGAAAGAUUGUUCUGGAAUUACCUGCUGGAAUGUUGGAUGAUGAUAAAGGUGACUUUGUUGGUACUGCAGUUCGUGAGGUCGAAGAGGAGAUUGGUAUAAAACUAAAAAAAGAAGAUAUGGUUGAUCUCACGGCUUUCCUUGACCCAUCUACAGGUUACCGGAUCUUCCCUUCGCCUGGAGGCUGUGAUGAAGAGAUGAGCGUUUUUCUUUACAGAGGAAAAAUGGAAAAAGAAACAAUCAGACAGUUGCAAGGCAAAGAGACAGGACUCCGUGAACACGGCGAGUUCAUCAAAGUCCGACUCAUCCCAUACAGAGAGCUCUGGCGCAAAACAGCUGACGCUAAGGUUCUUAUGAGCAUUGGUCUCUACGAAAUGGCUCAGAGGGAGGGUCUCGUGUCCAGUCACUGAAACCCAGAUCUUGAUCUCCUACAAUUCUCUGAAAGAUAUAUAUAAUAACUGGAUUCAGUCAACCAGAUGAGAUAGAUUGAGAUUAGACGUUCUUAUGUUGUAAAAGGAGUUUUUAGUUCCUUAAGAUAAAGGUCAUGGCUUUAU